AUUUUGUAAAAUAAUUAGUAAAGUAUAUGGUUGGUGUUAGAGUGGAAUGGUAAUAAACUUAAGUCUAAUUUUGACUUUAUAUUCUUUGUUAUUUUGUCGGAUAUUUUUAAUUGUGCGCUCUGAGGAGAUUUUGGUCUCAGAGCCAAAUAUUGUGGACUAUAACGUUGAUUCUAUACCUUUAGAAUUUGUCCCUGGCACUGGUUACGUUGCUAAAGUUGAAGUUGGCGGUCAGCUGCUGAACCUUUUAAUAAAUUCAAACGUUUGCGGUAUAAUUUUAUUUGAAAACACCAACAGAAUCUGUUUUAAAGAUGAUAAAGGAACUUGUUACGACCCUUAUAAAUCAAAAACAGCAAGUUGGUGUAGUAAUACAGCAAUUUGUGUUCCUGGCAGAUUCAACUUCCAAUGUAAAGAGACCAAUUCUCCAACUCAAAUAAGGGAAUUGACGGCCACAAUUGUGAGAAUCAAUUCUGACAUUUUUAAGAUAUAUUCAAUCGAGGGUUUUGAGUCUAUAAAAAUCGCAGUUGACCGUAAAAAGGCUCCAUAUUCAUUUGAUAAAGUACCAGUUAAGCUUGCUCGCUCUUUAGACCGUUAUGAUCGCAAGAUUUUCACCAACGUUGACGGUAUUCUCGGCAUAUCAGGUUCUGAUAUGUGUUGUAGAAGUAAUCCUUGGGAGAUGGUAAUACGUGAUUAUCGCGGCUUUUUUGUAUUGGAUAUUAACCCCGUUCAAAAUAUUAGAUUUCCUAGCAAGCUAUUUCUGGGUACUGACAGGGUUCCUGAGGAGGACAUAAUUUGGUCUGAAAAGCGCCAAACUGGCGGGAUAUUCACUAAUUCACUCAUACAAUUCACCAUAUAUGAUCUUAAAAUGUGUAACACUUGUCUAUUUGGCCGGACCUCUUCCAAUUGGGAAGCCGUCAUUGAUCUUACAACACCGUAUUUGGUGUUACCAAAGAACUUUUGGAUGACGAUGAUGACAUAUUUACCCGUGGAUAAAUCAUGUUUUAAUGAGGGCUUGAGUCCUCGAUUGUGUAAACUAACUGAUGGGAAUCGACUAUUCCCAAUCAUUGAGUUUAAGCUCAGCGAGUCUUAUUAUUUGAAUUUUGAAAAGGUCCAAAAUCCUCCAAUCACAAUACCACUUGAAAAUCUUCUAUACGACGAUGGAACAAGUAAAACUAUACUCGUAAUACCUGAUGAAACCAAUGAACGACCCGCUUAUACCUUAAAUCCAACCAUUAAAUUCGGCUACAAAGUAUUGGAAUCGUUGAAUGUUGUGGUGGACACGGACGGGUACAGAGUUGGAUUUAUUAGCAAGAACCAGUUGGUCGGCUCGUUUUCAAAGUGUGCAGAGGUGCCGCAGUGCGUUGGAGAUCAGAUUUAUGAGCCUGCACUCAAUGUAUGCCUAAAUCCAAUCUGUAGUAUAUGGCUCAUGAAACGAUUAAAUCCAGAUAAAGGGAUUUGUGAAACAUCGUUUGUUGCUAAGGUCGUGAUAACAACACUCAUAUCAGCUUUGGUAAUAGCAGAACUAUAUUGUAACUUCGCUCGAAAACACAUUUUAAGAAUCACAUCAAGAUUGUGCAGAUAAUUCACUCAAUUUAUUAAACACACA